AUGGAUGAGAAUUUCAUCAAAGAGAAUUCUUCGGUGAUCAAGAAGACUGAUAAGGCGUUUUACAACCCUGCACAGGAGAUAAACAGGGAUAUUUCUGUUAUGGCAAUCAAUGCAUUUCUUGAGCUCUCGAAAUUCAAGGAAAGCAAUCUGUGCAUUUUUGAAUGCAUGUCAGCUACAGGUCUCCGUGGCAUAAGAUAUGCAAAGGAGAUUACGCCAAAAUGUACAAUCUUUAUGAACGAUAUUGAUCGCGACGCCGUUGACACAAUAAAAGACAAUUUGAGAAUCAACGAGAUAGAAUUUAACGCAGUAAACGAUCACCGGAACAGAUGCCUCAUAGAAAAACUAGAAGAAUCCACAGGUGAGCGUCAAUAUGGCAGUAGCUGUGCCAAAAGGGGGGAUUUAAACCGAGUUCUUUUGUUGAAUAGCGAUUGCAAUGCUAUUAUGGCCAAUAACAAUUUAUUUUUUCACGUUAUAGAUGUUGAUCCGUUCGGACACUUCACUAAGAAUUUGCCAUUUGUGUUUAAAUCAAUCAAAGGCAACGGCUUGGUGUGCUUGACAGCAACAGACACGGCCGUAUUGUGCACAAACAGAAGUAAAUGUGCGAGGAAGUACGAUGUUUUGAUCAGGAAAGUUCCAUACUACGGUGAAAUGGCACUAAGGGCCGCCUUGUCAACAGCGGCGCGUGUUGCUGCACUAUAUGACUGCGGAAUAGUGCCCUUGUUAUCGUUGUCGGUGGAUUUUUAUGUGCGGCUUUUCGUGAGGGUUGAGAGAAGAACAUCCGCAGUCAAGGCUUCCCUCAGCGAGUGUGCGCACUACUUUGUCUGCGGAUGUGGAUAUAUGAUCGAGUAUGGAACAAAAAGCACUGAAAUUUCCCUGCUUUGUCCGAUCUGCCACGGAAAAUUGUUGUUGUGUGGUCCUUUGUGGAAAGGCAAGCUGAAAAAUCCUGAAUUUUUGGAUAAGCUGAAUAAUAGAACAGAGAGCAAACGAAUUACCGAAAUUCUACGACUCAUAGAACAAGAAAAUGAUUGUUUCGGCUUCUAUCAUAUACCAACUGUAUGUUCUCUGCUCAAAAAGGAGUGCAUUCCGAUGGUUAAGCUGGUAUCAGAGCUGCUUAAUCGUGGGAACAUGGUAUCAUUUACACAUUGCCGGGCCAACUCUAUCAAAUCUGAUUGCAGUUACCAUGAACUGGUCGAAAUUAUCAGAUCCUACUUCGAAAACAAAGAUUUUAUUGUGGAGAAUCGGCUAGCGAUUGAAAUAUGUGGCAAAAAAUACAACCGCGAAGUCGUACAUGACAACAUGGGACCGCUUUCCAAACCACAUAAAUAAAA